AUGACAGCCUCCAAUCACGGAAACGUUCCAGAAAAGAAUUUCAACGCCAAAGAAGAACGUAAGCUGCGAAAACCCUUGAUAGAGAAGAGACGGAGGGAACGAAUCAACUGCAGUUUGGAACAGCUGAAGGGAAUAAUGGUGGAUGCCUACAACUUAGAUCAAUCCAAGUUAGAGAAGGCUGAUGUUCUUGAGAUAACUGUACAGCACAUGGAGGGCCUUCAAAGAAGCCAAGGUCAGGGGGGCCAAGGGUCAAGCAUGGGUUUCGAAUCACGCCAGCGCUACAGUAGUGGUUAUAUCCAGUGCAUGCAUGAGGUGCACAACCUUCUUCUCAGCUGCCCUGGAAUGGACAAGACUCUUGGUGCCCGUCUGCUCAACCACCUGCUGAAGUCUCUGCCUCACAUCAGCGUGGAGAAUGCAGGCAUGGGUGGCAGUAGCAAUGUAGGCCCGGCAGGAACAGGCAGAGGCAUUGGUGGUGGCGCCAGCAGCCUUCUUCCGGCCUCCCCCACCCACACCCCACAUUCUCUACCCUCUUUCCAGCCACACGCUCUAGAGGUUCACACCCCGCCACCUCCCCCCUCCCCUCCCUCCCCUGACAGCCCCCACCAUUCACCGAGUAUCCCCACAGCUAGAGAGGUGGGUGGGGUCAGGGCAAGAGAGCAACCCUCCCCCAGGAGCUUGCCCUCCCUUCCUAGGCCUCCAACUAACCAUGGACACCCAUCCCUCCCUCAUCUCCAACCAGGAGGGGACCCAUCCAUGUGGAGGCCAUGGUGA